AUGGCCGGCGGUCGAUCGCAGGUGCAAGCGGACGGCGGAUCUUCCCUCUUCGGGCUCAUUAACAACGUUUCCAAGUUUCGUUGGACGACAAGGAACGCCUCAACAGCUGUUGAAGAGUUCAAGGCGGCGAGUCUCGGGAAUCAUCUUAGGGCGAACGGUUGGACGUCUACAGAGUUCGCGGACAAGGCCUUACACGAAGUCGAGAUAGUUUUCGUUAUGGCAACAUGGGAACGGGCGAACAUCAAGGCUUGGGACAACACUGCAAAGAGCGAACGUAAUCGGGAAUUUUUCUUCAACACGCGCGAGCGGCGGUGA